AUGAAUAUGAUCCACAGAAUGUCGUUUUCUCUGACUGUGGUCGUCCUGGCUGCGUGGGCCUGCCUGGCAGAUGUGGCUCAUACUGAAGAAAGGAUGAAAGGCUCUGUGUUAGCCUCCAGGACAGCAUCACUCCGCUCCAGGCGAAUGGUUGGUGGGAAACUGGCUCCUCAUGUGCCCUGGCAGGCCAUGGUCUACAUUGCUGAGAGCAUACUGGAUGGAGGUUAUGCAGGCGGUGCUCUCAUCUCUGACCGCUGGGUGUUGACGGCUGGAAGAAACCUUUUUGUUAGGAAGAGUCGGGAGGACAUUCAGGGACAGGAGCCUGUCAUCCCUAAAGUGUACCUGGGAAUUACAAAAAAGGAUGAUGCUAAUUCUUCCAAUGAGGUUGCUGUUGAGAAGGUUGUUCUCCAUCCAGGCUUUCAGAACCAGUCUGACUGGAACAACGACCUGGCUCUGAUCCAGCUGAAGCAGCCUGUCGUUAUAAAUGAUAAAGUGACCCCCAUCCCAUUACCAGAGAGAGGCCAGGACCUGGCCAAGGCUGUGCGUGGGUCAGGAAUUAUCACUGGAUGGGGCUGGGGACCCCUUCUCACCCCUGCUCCCUUUCUCAAACACAUCGUAGUCCCCCUGGCCAAUCACUCUGAGUGUAGGGCUGAGUAUGAAAGUCUUGCACUCACGCCAACUGUAGAUGAUGACAUGAUCUGCACCACUGCCACAAAAUAUCAGGAGAAUGUCUGUUUUGGGGAUGCAGGUGGAGCUCUGGCUGUCACAGAUCCUGAAACUGGGGACAUAUAUGCUGCAGGGAUCCUUUCCUAUGAUAAAUCCUGCACUAGGUACAAGCAUGCAGUGUAUAUGAAGCUUUCCUCGUAUUUGCCCUGGAUCCACAGCAUUAUGAGAGGAGAUACAGACACAUCAACUGCUGUGCGCUUUAAAGCAAUGUCUGCGAUGUACAAAAGGCAGUAG